UUAAAGUAUAUCGAACUGAUGUGAUUUUGAUUUUAAAUGCAAAUAAUGUAAACGAUAAUUGACAUUUAACGUUGCAAUAUUUAAUCUCGUAUAUUUGAACGUUCUUAGAUUUUCGUAUACGUUUAUAUGAUAUUCUAUACGUUACCUUGACAUCGAUAGUAUCCUUUUGUAACUUUUGGGCACCAUUAGAUGUUUGUCGUAGAUGCUCUUAUAAAAAAGAAAUGUGUUUACAGUUGGAAGAAGGAAAAUAUCCAAUCGUGUUACCACUACAACUGCGAAAAAAACAUAGUACCGAUUCGAAAAUGCCCCAAUACUCCGUUAUUUCGGAAAAGAACGAUUACAAUCAAAAUAACGACGAAAUGAAUCUUUCAGAGCAACGAGCCUUGAAAUUCGAGUGCAAUUUCUGCCAUGAACAAAUUGCUACACUUUUGUCUUUGUCCACUCACAUUAAAUUUCAUCGACGCAGAUAUUGCAAGUAUUGCUACUGGAUACUACCAGAGAACGAAACGAUGAAAGAGCAUAUCGAAAGUACUCAUCGAAUCGAUCCAGGUAUGAACACAUGUACAUUGAAUUUUUCUAUACGAAUAGAUCGUCAAUCACGAUUAAAUGUCAAUAUUGUAAAAGCGAAAUUUGACAACAAAACAAAAAUGUUCCGUACAUUGUGUAAAUGCGAUGGACCUAUAUGGAUUUCUAUCAUUGAGACGCUGUGUCUCAUUGAUAUUAAUCUAAAUUGCUAUUACUUGGCAUUUUGUCUGUUUUUGGAUACGUAGCUUAUAAAGUUUGUCCACGAUAGAAGAUUACACAAUAAAAGGCGGUAUGUUUUUAACAAUGCU